CGAAGCAUAGUUGACAUUUCAUCAGCUUUUUGAGAUGGAAUCUGGAGUCUCGCUACAACUGCAACAAAUAAAUGAGAGGAUUACGCCUCAUGAAGUCCAUUUCCAGGACCCAUUUUGAAACAUGAGAUUUCACAAAUGCUGAGGGUGACGGAGGCUGUGUUCUCACAUGAUGUUUGGACGUAAUUAAAAUGCUGAGGUGAACCACUUGGUACAGCAAAUUUCAGUGUUUAAGAGCAGUUGAAGCUUCGUUUCAUGCUGAUGGGUGACGUUGCAAGCUGAAACUAAAAUGCUUGGAACGUUUUAUUCCAUCAUAUUAAAUUCUUCAAGACACAUUUCAUAUUCUGCAAUGCCCUGUAGCAUUCUACCUUCGCAGGAAAAGAGAUGCAGUUUUAGCACAGAAUCCACUGAUUUUCUUUCAUGGACACAGAACGGCUGUGUAGAAUGAUGAGCUUAAAAUAAGAGUUACUGCAAUGUGUUUUCUCCCGCCUGGUUCACUGGUAAUCAUGGAAUUGCACGUAAUUCUUCUUCUUCAAGUGUGCCUCGCAUGCGAAUCCUUUGUACAUAGACAUUCAGUAGGAGCUGCAGCACCAAGUUUGGACGCAAGACCUUCAACCCUGAAAUACUCUGGAGAUAACGUCACUAUUGCUUGGAAAGAUAUAGAUUCACCAUCAAAAGACGACUGGUUAGGUAUAUAUUCUCCUCCAACUUCUGCGAAUGACCAAUACAUUGGUUUCAUCAUUCUCUCGACUUGCCCAACAUGGUCCAGAGGUGCAGGCUCCAUGAAGAUUCCAUUGGUCAACAUGCGAGGUCCUUACAACUUCCGGAUUUUUAGAGGUAUUUCUGUAACCCUAAACGCUACAAGCAGCAGGAAUGUGAAUAGAUCAAACAACAGGAGCACUACUACAGCGUUGGAUAAAGAGGGGAAUCCACUGCCAGAUGUGUCGACACUGCUCGCCAUAAGUCAAGAUAUUCAUUUCUCAAACUACAACGAGCCAACACAAAUACACCUGGCUCUGACUUCGAAUGAGACUGCCGUAAGGGUAAUGUUUGUCACUAAAGAUCCCGUAAGAAGCAAGGUUAGAUUCGGGAGCGGUGAAGAUAACCUAGAGACCACGGUUGAGGCCAAUUUUGUGACGUAUUCACAAAUUGAUAUGUGCGAUGAACCUGCAAGCUCUGUGGGGUGGAGAGAUCCUGGAUACAUACACGAUGCUGUAAUGGAGGGACUAAUAUAUGGUGGUCGCUAUUACUAUCAGGUAGGAAGCAAUGUGGGAGGGUGGAGCACAACCUAUACCUUCAUUUCUCCGAAUCCUCGCAAUGAGGAGACAAAUGCUCUAUUAUUCGGCGACAUGGGUACUUCUGUUCCUUACUCAACGUACCAUUACACACAAAGCGAGUCUAAGAAUACCCUAAAGUGGCUCAAACGUGAUCUGGAAGAAAUAGGUGCAAGACCAAGCAUUAUAGCUCACAUCGGCGACAUAAGCUAUGCUCGAGGUUACUCCUGGCUGUGGGAUUCUUUCUUCACACAAAUCCAGCCCAUAGCCGCAACAGCACCAUACCACGUUUGCAUGGGCAACCAUGAUUACGACUGGCCUGGACAACCAUUCAAGCCAUCAUGGUCAUCUUACGGCACAGACUCUGGUGGUGAAUGCGGUGUGCCGUAUAGUAUGCGGUUUAUAAUGCCAGGAAGCUCUUCCUCCUCAACUGGAUCCUCUCCGGACAUCAAAAACCUUUACUAUUCCAUCAACGUUGGCGUUGUGCAUUUCCUCUUCUACUCUACUGAGACAAAUUUCCUUCCAGGCUCUGACCAGUACGCUUUCAUUGCCAACGACUUGAGAACCGUUGACAGGAUUAAGACGCCCUUUGUUGUAUUGUUAGGCCACAGACCACUUUACACAACGGAUUACCGAGCCUUUCUGGACAUUACAACGCAGAAAUUGGUGCAAACUUUUGAGCCGCUGUUGAUAGAAACCAAGGUCACGGUGGCCUUCUGUGGCCAUGUCCACAAGUAUGAGCGGAUGUGUCCUUUGCAAAACUCCACAUGCAUGAAUCCCUCCAAGGCACACGGCGAGCUUCCAGUUUAUAUGGUUAUAGGAAUGGGAGGCCACAGUCACCAGCCCAUUGAUAUUCCCAUGGAGGGUCAUCCGGAGGCAUCGAGGUUUCCACAGCCGGGGUGGUCGACUUUUCGAACUUUUGAAUGGGGAUACGUUAGAUUACGUGCCACCAAGAAUUUCAUGACAGUAUCAUAUGUUGGCAACCAUGAUGGGAAGGUCCAUGAUCGAAUUGAGAUACCUUCUCCUGAGGAAAUAAAAGCUGGGUCUUAUGUUGAACCGCAGCAGUCUAUUUUUGAUACUGCCUUCAAAGAGCCACUCCCGUGUGGGAGAACGGGUAGCACUUUGUCAUUCUUGUUUGUAUAUGCGUUAGGGUGUGGAUUAGGAGUUGGUGGUGCGGUUUUCAAAGUUCGGAGGGAGCAGAUGAAACAAUGGCAGCUUCUUGGAUACGCAGAGGGAACUUCUACUUCUGAUUCUCGUCUGUAAUCAGUUACUUUCAAUCUUUUUGGUGGUGUUUGAGGUUUGCGUACGGGUAGAUACGAUUUAGGGUUUGGACAGUGAAACAUAUAACCAGAAUUAUGCUUGAAUUCGUGGUUCUUGCAAAUGAGCAUGCAGAAGAGCAUAGAUUGUUGCCAUACUCAAAACAUAGACUUUCACAGCUUGACUUUGUAAUUAUGUUAGACGAUUGUACAAAUUUCGUGAAUAAUGAUUUGCUAAGUCAACUGCGACACGUCUGACAUUUUGUCAAUGCUAUGAUACAAACUGUUUAGGAAUUUCGAUGUGCGGUCAACAACUAAAACUGUUGAAUGUAAACAAAUGGGUUCACCCUGUUUGAAGAAUGUAACCUAAGCUCAUGAUUUCGAACG